GCGGGGGCGGGGCCGGUGGGAUCUGGAGGCGGGUUCUGGGGCUCGCUCGGUUCCUCCCUGUUCCGGGCCGGGGUCCGCCGGAGCCGCAGCCGCCAACUCCCGUUCCUCUGGGCUUAGACUCCCCCUCCCAGGGGCCCCUUGGAUGGUGCCAUGAGAUUGGCAGGCCCCCUGCGCGUGGUGGUGAUCGUCCUCACCGCUGGGCUCACCUGGAUCCUCGUCAGCCUUCUGCUGGGCACCCAGAGUGGCUUCUCUCGCCUCCAGCAGCUCCUCAGCAGCCCUGACAACCCCUCCACAGCAGUGUCAGGCUGGGGCAGCUCGGCUGUGCCCCUUCGGGCCAGCGCCGCCCCCUCAGGCAGGGCGGGAGCCAGAAGCAGACACAACAAGCCGCGACCCAGGAGGUACAAGUGCGGCCUCCCACAGCCCUGCCCCGAGCUGCAUCUCGCCUUCCGCCUGGUCAGCGGCGCCGCCAACGUCAUCGGGCCCAAGAUCUGCCUGGAGGAUAAAAUGCUAAUGAGCAGUGUGAAGAACAAUGUAGGGCGGGGCCUGAACAUCGCCCUAGUGAAUGGGGUCAAUGGGGAGCUCAUUGAUGCCAGGUUCUUCGACAUGUGGGCUGGAGAUGUCAACGAGCUGCUGAAGUUCAUUCGACCGCUGCACGAGGGGACCCUGGUGUUCGUGGCCUCAUAUGACGACCCAGCCACAAAGAUGAACGAAGAGACACGGAGGAUUUUCAGCGAGCUCGGCAGCAGCGUGGCCAAGGAGCUCGGCUUCCGUGACAGCUGGGUCUUUGUGGGGGCCAAAGGGGUGCAGGACAAAAGCCCCUUCGAGCAGCACACCAAGAACAGCAAGAGCACCAACAAGUAUGAGGGCUGGCCGGAGGCACUGGAGAUAGAGGGCUGCAUCCCGCAAAAAAAGGCUGAUGGCCAGUGAUCCCCCCACCCCCACCCCUGGAACCCGAGGCGUGGGGACACUGCACCAUGACAGGGAGGGGGGCUUGCUCCUUGAGUCUGUGGGCAGGUCUGGCAGGGAGCCCCCUUUCUCCAGCUCCCCCAAGGAUGGGCCAGGCUGUUUCUGGUGGGGUGCCUGCCGCACUGAUUUUCUCACUGGGCGGCUGGGGAUUGCAGGCCCCGUCCCUUCUAAGUGCCUUAUUCCCCCAGGCAGGCGUUAAGCCCAGGUGCAUUCCUUGCCUUACUGAUGGUUGUGGGGGGGCUCGUUCCCUGCUCUCUACCCUGAAAUUAUCACCACUCCUUGGAGAGCGAUGCCCUCAAUUCUAGCCUGGCAGGGAUGGGGGUCUGCUUGGGCCAGUCCCCUCCCUGGUGUGGUGAUUCAGUGGUGUCCCCCUCUGCUGAGAGGGGAAACUGCAGGGGGUUUUCUAGCUCGAGGGCAGAGGGGUCUGUAACCUCCCAUGGCCUGGGCCCUCCAUGGGGUCUGAAUAAAUGCAGUGCAGAGAGA